CCAAAAGAGAGAGAACCAAAAAUCCUUCCCCGAGCCGAGAACCCCAUCUCGUCUCAUUUCUUGGACGAUUGGCGAAAAGUCAAAAGCCUCUGGUGCAUCUUUUAGCUGUUUGCGUUGAAUGAUCUGACCAUGACGACCCCCGCCGAUACCACCAGCGCCUCCAUUCAUGGAAACGACGCCUUGUUGUUGUCGAACGACAAGACUCAUCAUUAUCAUGGUGGCAAGAUGCAGCACCGUUUGGCUCCUCGUCGCCCCAGCAAUAAUACGCGAGGCUACAAUAACAUGCAGAAGCAUCGACAGGGCAAUAUCAAGAAGAAAAGCCAUUUGUCCUAUGCAGGAUCCUACCGCGGUGGCUUGUGGAACCAAGUCUACGGUCACUCGGCGGCGCCUCCCGUUGCCGGUUACUACAAUCCUACUAGUACUCGUGGUCAACAACCCUUCUCCUUUCCCCAGGCAGGAUUGCCGGACGGUGGAAUUUAUUAUCCAUCCUCCACGACGACGACCAUGGCGUACCGGUACCACAAAGGCACGACGUACUACAAUCUUCGCCGCGACAACAAUGGCAAGAGCAGUAACAAGAGUCCUCCAGCAGCAGCAGUUGUGGUGGGUCCUAAUAACAAGAGCAGUCUCUCGGUCGAUGCCCAGCCCUUUGUUCCUGGCAAGUUCGUUGCGACGACGACGGGAACAGAUGCCGUCGGUGGAGUCCCACAUGGCGGUGCCAAGAACAUCAAGAUCCUCCUUCCGACUCUGAAUGACGAUGAUGACGGCCACCACCACAAGACCAACAAGAAGAAGAACCAGGAAGACUCGACGAACAGCACGACACCUACCAAGAGCAACAAGCCUGUCUUGGUGCUCGACGCCGCGACUCCGACGACUGCCAAAAGCCAGAACACCAAGAUCGAGAACAAGAACGACGGUGCCGCCAAAGACAAGAAGAAGAGCGUCGUCGUCAAGAUGGGACCUCCUCCUGGAUUCGCUUCGCCUUCGAGCAACAAGGCCGCUCCCGUGGCGGUUGUCUCUCCUUCACCAGGACUCGUACGCCGCAGGGAUGAUGCAUCUGUGGAUUCUCGUGGUGUCAUGGUCGUUGGCGCCGUUUCUCCUUCUCCACUCAAGGUCGCCUCUCCUCGUUCUUCCAGCACCACAAACACGAUGAACAACAAGGCAGCACCGGCGAUCGUGUCUCCUUUGCCGACUCCAGCACGAGUCUUGCCGCCUCCACCUGGCUUGAGCAAGACGGAAGAGAAGGUCUCCAGCACUGCCUUUUUGCCCAAGGAACUCUGGGCCGAAACAGUCGACGAUCUCUCUCCCAAAGAGAAGGAGGCCAUGAUUGCCCCGAUCCCCGCCAAGACCCACUCUCCAUCGCCCGUCACAGUCGCCGACUAUCCUGCUCUUGUUGUUGUUGACAGCAAGCAGACAUCCGUGCAAUCACCAUGGAACACUAACACCAACAAGACCAAGAAGAACGCGUGGAAUCGAGGAUCGGCGGCGGUUUUGGCGGCCGUGUCCCCACAGCACCAGCGCAACAGCAGCACUCCUCCUGUCCAAACUGCUUGGGCUAACAAGGCGGUCGUGGUCCCCGAAGAAGCACCCACUCCCACGACCUCCAAUUCUUCUUCUUCAAAGACUGUGGUCGGAAUGGAGGAGCAUCAUCAACCGGCAAAGGAGGAACUCGCGGACGAUUCGGCAACAGACUAUGACGAUGACGAUGAUGACGAUGAAGAAGAAGAAGAAGAUUCGCCCUUCACGCGAGGACUCAGUCCCAAGGAUCUCCUUCUCCAGGCACAUGGAGUGCACUUUGUCAAAACUCCUCGACAGUGGUGAACAGAGAAACGAUAUCCGUACGACCAGAACAGAUCCACCAAGAAGCAAGCAACCAAGCAACCAACUAAAAUCAAGAGGGGGCAAAUAUAUAUUCCUUUGUUUGCCUUCUCCUCAAUGUGUCAGAUUGUUUGAGAACGGAAAAAGCCAAGCGCUAGCUAGAGUAGCGAGGAACCCAAGAAGUCUGUACCAGUGAAAGCAUCCAACGUUGGUCCAGCUUAUUGAAAUACAUAGAAUGCACAAGAUUCCAAUACAACGAUUAAGAAAAAACAGAAAAAAAGUAAUUCAUAUAAAAGAUUUCAUGCAACGU